AUGCCUCACCCAGUUUUCACAAAAAUCGCCAACGAUUCUCUCGCGGCCGUUGCUAAAGGGCAAUACACAGACGACAGUGGCAACAGCCACUCCGUCGACGACCUGGGCACUCCCGAAUUCAAAUCGUAUACAGAGUACUAUCCGCCAGACUCAGAGCUUUUGGUUGAAUGGAAAACCACCUCGGCUCAGCUUAUAACACCCCUGGCAGAAAUCACACUAGCCAGAGCUUCCACCCUGGAAGGAAUCCGUCUUCUUGACGAUUCAACCAAACGAGGAGUGCUUAACUUCGCUUCCGCGACGAAGCCUGGUGGAGGGUUCCUUGCUGGCGCACAAGCCCAGGAAGAAAGUCUUGCGCGGUCGUCCAACAUCUAUUCGUCUUUGAUGACGCCAACUGGCCAGCGGUUUUACAGACUCCACAAGAGUGCGGCCCAGAAGCCAGACAAACGAUAUACGCACUCGAUAAUCUUCACCAAGAACGUGCGGUUCUUCAGGACUGACAAAGGAGUUUGGAUUGAGCCUGUCGAUGCUGAUGUCGUCACGAGCGCUGCAGUCAAUGCGGGUGCAGUCCGAAGCCGAUAUAAGGAUGGAGAUCCCGAGAUCGCUAUUGAAGUUGCGAUGCGUGAAAGGAUGGGUCGCAUUCUUCGGUUGUUCGAAGAGAAGGAUAUUCCCGAUGUCAUUUUGGGAAGCUUUGGCACUGGUGUUUUCAGAAACAAUGUCGCCAUGGUCGCUCGGCUAUGGGUAGAGCUUCUGCUGGCCCCCGACGCUCGUUUUGCCCACUCAUUCAAGCGAGUUGUGUUCGCCAUCAUUGACGAGAAGACCUGCGCCAUUUUCAGGAACGUGUUUGCUGAAAACAAAGUGGAGUUUGCAGAGGUGGGCACGUAA